UACCGAACUUAACCAUUGCUCCGCCAACGUCGACCUUCUCAUAAAAAAAAAACAUCAAAAAUACACCUAACUUGCUUAAAUUCGAAAAUAACAAACUAUUAGAGAUAAUUUUACAGUUCCUUUAAGGUAAGUGAAUAACAACUCGGAUCGGGAAGGGCAUGCAAAAUAUUGAAGCAUAGAGCUUGCAAGUAGGAAAGCGCCCCCUAUAAAUAAUCACCACCUCUCCUUCCUUCCUCUAUCUCACUUCACUUCACACACAUACACACACACACUUCAUUCUCCAACAUUUUCUUUCUUUUCUCCAUUUGCAUAUAUGUCUUUCUCUUAUCCACCCCCCCCCCCUCACUUACCACCCCACCCUCCCCCCCUUUUAGGUUUUUUUCAUCCCCCCAACCCCUUUUUUAAAUCUUUCUUCUUAACCUUAUUUUUCCCCCCCCCCCCCCCCCCCAUCCCCCCCCUCUUCCUAAUUUGCUCAAUCUCAUUCAUUUUUUUCCCUUCACAUCUUUGUCUUAAAGAACAAAUCAACCACAAAAGAAAAAAGAAAAAACUAGAGAAUAGAAGUUUGUUUUGGUUCACCUUCCUUCCAUAUCGAAUUGAAAAAAGGAAGGGUUGAUGGCUACAAAUGAUAGAGGAAUGAAGAACAGCGGAGGAAAAAACGGAGGAAAUAGACAGGUGGUAAAGAAAGGUCCAUGGACAACAACAGAGGACACAAUUUUAAUGGAGUAUGUGAGGAAGCAUGGAGAAGGGAAUUGGAAUGCAGUUCAGAGGAAUUCUGGAUUGAUGAGAUGUGGAAAAAGUUGUAGGUUAAGAUGGGCUAAUCAUCUGAGACCUAAUCUUAAGAAAGGUGCAUUUUCUCCUGAAGAAGAAAGAAUUAUUAUUGAGCUUCAUGCUAAAAUUGGCAAUAAAUGGGCUCGCAUGGCUGCUCAGUUACCUGGACGAACAGAUAAUGAGAUCAAGAAUUACUGGAAUACGAGGCUAAAGAGAAGACAAAGAGCUAAUUUACCUAUAUACCCUCAAGAAUUACAAUCACAAAACCAACCAGAGCAUAACCAAGCCCAACAAAGCCUUAUUUCUUCAGCAUUUGAUCCCCAAAGGACAACUUAUAACAAUCCUCCCUCUCUUUCACUUUUGGGUAUCUUAAAUCCUUCAAGCAUGAGACCUCCUAUUACUCAUCAAUUUCCCCUAAAUGGUAACAAAAAUUUUCGCAAUCCUCCUAAAGGCCUUUCCAUGACACCUCCCUCAUCUAUGCAAAAUUCACAAUUUUCAUCACUACCAGUAUCUGUGUCUAACAACAAUUUUGGUCACGACUUGUUCAAUUCAACGCCAAUGCCAUCAUUUCAACAGACCUAUCCAGAUUUUAGCUCAACAAUGAGGCCAUUUUUGGGGAAUAUUCCUUCAAACCAAAAUGGAUUAAUGUUUGAUAUGGGUAUUAAUUCUAUUAAUUACCCCUCAGGGCAAUUAUCUAUGCCUGUAACAACUUCAUCAUCUUCUGAGAAUACAAGCAGUGGUUUUGGUUCAAGCGAUGCUAAUAAUUAUACAAAUGUUGGUGGAUUAUCACGAGGAAAUAGUGGAUUAUUGGAAGAUUUGUUGGAGGAGUCUCAGACUUUGACUCGAGCGAUGAAAAUUGAGGAAAGAGGAAAGUCAUUAUGGGAAAAUUAUGGAUUAGUGGAAAAAGAGUUAGGAGAUCAUCAAGAUGGAGCCAUUUUUACUGAAGAAUCAGUUUAUAGCUUUGCUCAUGGAGAUGAUGUCACCCUGUAUAACAACUCUGAAAGCUCCAGCUCAAAUCCCAAUGCAUCGCCAGGGACAAUUUUUAAAAAGGAAGGUUCACUAAAAGGAACUAAUCAAGUGGAUGAAGAUCUUAUGUGUCUUCUUGAUAGUUUUCCUCUAGGUGUAUCAGUUCCAGAUUGGAAUGACCAUAAUUCAAAAAUUGCUUCUGAUGAUUACAAAGCAGAAAAUCUGACUGAAGAUUCUAUCAAUUCGCAAGUAAUAAUAACAACAAAUUCAGGGUCAAAGAAACAUGAAUUGGGACUUGAAGGGUGUUGUUGGUACAACAUGCCUUCCUUUUGUUAGAAUAAAAAAAGAUGGAUAUAUAGGUGAGAUUAAAAUGGCAAAGAUUGAGGGAUUUAGAUGUCACCUCUCUUUCUGUUUUUUUUUUUAAAUCCUAGGUUGAGAUAUAAAUAGGGAUAUUUGAUUGAUGAUCGAUCAUCUGAGAUUUCUGAGACUGAGAUUGUUUGGUUUUAAAUGAUAUUGCUAGAAUUUUUUUAGAAA